GACCCCAAGCCACUCCCACCGAAGCAGCGAAUGUUUCCAAUGGUGGAGAAUCCGGUAACGUGACAGCGAGCUACCAGUGAACGUGGCCGCAACUUCUGCCACCAAAUUGCUCUGCUCGGAUUGGAUCUAAAAACUGGUGAUGAUGGACUCGAUACUGCUGCAGCUUUGGUACUGAAUCACGGUCUCGCCGGAACAAAGAUGGCGUGGGGAUUGCUACUUUGCAGCAACCUGACCGCCCCUCAUCUCCAUCCGUCUUCGGCUCUUCCUUCCCAGAUCCUCCUCCAUGGUUGCUUUAGAGGAACGCCGGCAGCGUGGAGGUCUCGGCGUCGGCCGACGAUCAGUGGAAGAAGUGGCGGAUUCCUCCUCGGCCGCCGAUUGCCGUUCAGAGGCCCAGCUCCGUGCACGGUCAAGAAAGGCAACGAUGUCUCGCCGGCGGAGGGCUGGCCGUCGCGGCGGAUGCUGCAGGCUGCGCUGUGGGCCGCCGAGGCCGUUUACAUUCUCUGGCUCUUCCUUCUUCCUUAUGCUCCGCAGGGUGACCCAGUAUGGGCUAUAAAGUUGGACACAAUCAAUGAUAUCGCGGGCCUGUCCCUCAAUUUCUUCUUUAUUUUGCCCUUGCUAAACACUGUUGGCAUUCAUGUGCUGGAAGCACCAGUGCUUCACCCCAUGGCUGAGGGAUUAUUCAAUUUUGUAAUUGGAUGGACACUUCUGUUUGCUCCAUUGCUAUUCACUGAUUGUCAGAGAGACAGAUAUAAAGGAUCUUUAGACCUCUUGUGGGGUUUUCAGAUGUUCCUCACAAAUACUUUCUUGAUACCUUACAUGGCGAUGCGACUUAAUGACAUAGAUGUGAAGCAUUCUCCUUCCAAACAAUCUCAGUUGGGUUUAUUGAUGACAAAUGGUGCAUCAUUUGUGGGAAUAGCUGGUGGGACAGUCUGCUUAAUUUCAACACUGUGGACUAUUUUCGGUCGCUCCAAUAUGGGGUUUGGAGGUAUUGCAGAUCGUUGGGAAUUUUUGGAAAGGUAUGUUGGAUCAGAGAGGCUGGCUUAUGCAUUUAUAUGGGACAUCUGUCUUUAUGCCAUAUUUCAGCCUUGGCUGAUAGGCGACAAUCUUCAAAAUGUGAAGAAGAAUAAUGAACAGAUUGUGAGGAAUCUAAGGUUCAUACCUGUUGUGGGUUUGGUUGCUUACCUUUUGAGCUUAGAUAAAGAGAAUGUACUUUAAUUCAGCUUAAACCGAUGCCUAUAUUCUAGUGUUCUCUUGUAAAUGUAUCUAUACUCUAGAGUGGUCAAUAUUGGAGAGAUUAAAAUAAAGUUGCAAUUUUGCUUUCAAAC